AUGAGGUAUAGAAUUGCUCUAGGCUUGGCCUCUUCGCUUCUGUACCUACAUGAAGAAUGGGAGCAGUGUGUGGUACACAGGGACAUCAAGUCCAGUAAUGUGAUGCUGGACUCAGAUUUUAAUGCUAAGCUUGGAGAUUUUGGGCUAGCCAGGCUUGUUGAUCAUGGUAAAGGGUCACAAACCACUGUUUUAGCGGGGACCAUGGGCUACAUGGCUCCUGAAUGUUUCAUGACAGGCAAGGCUAGUAAGGAAUCUGACGUGUACAGUUUUGGAAUUGUUGCAUUGGAAAUUUGCUGUGGAAGAAGAGCCGUGGAAACAAAGGCCGAAGAAAAUCAGAUCAGAUUGGUGGAGUGGGUUUGGGACCUCUGUGGCGUAGGAAAACUUCUUGAAGCAGCUGAUCCAAGACUGUCUGCAGAUUAUGAUGAUCAACAAAUGGAACGAUUGAUGAUUGUUGGUCUUUGGUGUGCUCACCCGGAUUGCAAUGCUCGUCCUUCAAUGAGGGAAGCAAUUAGUGUCCUUAAUUCUGAAGCUUUAUUGCCUCUUCUUCCUAUAAAAAUGCCUGUGCCAAUGUAUUACGCUCCUCCAGCGCUGCAGACAUCCUAUAGCACUAGCCUUUCUGAGAGAAACCACACCCAGUUUUCCAACUCCUCUAAUGGCACCACGGACUCAUCAAAGGUCUCAGAAUAG